AUGUCUAAAGGAAAUGAUACUGCUGAGAUAGAAUCAAAUAAUAAUGAAAGUGUUCAAUCAGCAACAUUAAGUAUGGAUGUAGUAACAGCUCUUAGCUAUAUAUUCGAAGGAACAAUACUUCAUAAUAAUCUCCGAAAAAUUGUUUCAUUACACAAUAAAUCAAUUGUUCCAUUUAAAAAUUUAUCAAAUUUAAUUCGUCGUUCAUUUAUUACUAAUCCAUUUCAAAUUGGACAAACAAUGAAAUGUGGAAUAUUGUUAUCACUUCCAUUUAAUAAUCCAACAGAUGAACAAAGAUCUGGUCGAGUUCUAUGUAAUUCAAAUUUUGCUGAUGAAAUAUGCGUUGACGUUCGUAAAUGUCAUUAUGUAACAAUUGUUCUUGGCGCUGUUGAAACAACAUUAAAAGUGACAGAUUGUGAAAAUGUAUCAAUAUCUGCUGUUUGUCAUCGAUUACUCAUCAGUCAAUUCCGUUCAUUAUCAUUUCAUAUUCAUAUAUUAACACGACCAGUAAUACAAUUAAAUUGUGCUAGUUUACUUUUCGCACCAUAUCAUAUCUCACAUGUUGACUUAGCCGAACAAAUGGAACGUGUUGGUAUUUGUAAAGAACUUAAUUUAUGGAAUAAGCCAUUAGUUACUCAUCCAGCUGGCUAUGUUGAUGAACAACCAUGGUCAAUUCUUCUACCUGAUGAUUUCUAUCUAAUUAGUUCAAUUCGAUUAGAAGAUCAACAAACGAUAAAGAGAAGAUAA